GCAGAUCUGAGGGGUAGUAAGUUAAGCUUCAUGUCCAUCAAUGCAACGAGGGAACCAGAUGGAUAUAUCACACACUACUCCGCAGGGGGAGGAUCUGCUGGACAUACGAACAGAAGACUCGCAUCUAUUGUGCGGACGAGAAUGGCGCCCACAGGAUGAUGACUUACAGUUUUCACGAAGAGGACACAGAACAGAACGAAAUAAGAGGAAUUGCUGUAGCAGAGGAAUCUCACAAUCUAUACAUGGCGAGUACAAAUCCUCCAAAAAUAACAUACAUAAAUAUUGAUCUGGUAGAAACUGGGGUUCAUUGGGAUUUUGCGUGGUUGUCUGAUGAACCGGGAUCUUUAGAAGUUGAUGACGAACUGGGAUUCCUGUAUUGGUCAAUGAAAGGAAAUAUCCAACGCAAACGUCUAAUGCCAGGAGGCGGUUUCAUACAAACCAUAUACAACAAGUCCAUGAACACAGACCUGCUAGAGAUCACUGGACUAAGCAUUGAUCUCAGUCGAAAUCCACGACGCAUAUUUUUCUGCGACUUCGACCAAAUUUUUUACAAGGACGUGACAUCACCUUUCAACACAUCUGAAGCAGUGGAAAUAGCCGGGGACAUGAUGAACCUUAGAGAAAUCAGAUUCUUCAAUGGCAUGCUGUAUUGGACAAAAGCAUUAGAGGAUAAAGCGAUCGCUGUAUUGAAAGAUUAUGAACACGCCAACAGAUCAUUCAACACCCUUCAAAACACUGACGGAGUUACACCCUUCAAGUUUGUCAUUGUUAAAACUUAGAUCCAUUCAAUAAGGAUUGACAGAAAGCAUAUACUCUAUCCUAUUUUAGAUACUAAAUGCUAGGUGAAUGACUUGGAUUUUGUUAGAGUUUUAAUUGUAAGUUUUCAAAUACCAAGUUCUGAUUACAAAGAAACUAUACUGGCAGCUUAAAUACUAAUGUUAAUACUGUGUAAUUUUACUAUGUAAAUAUAUUUAAGUAUAUGCUGUAGCUAAAUCUAUGUGCUUCAUAUUUUCUUUUUUGUUUGAAUGGUCCUCUAGCUAGUAGGCCUAUUUGAGCAUGGUAUGUUUUGAAGUGGUGUGCAUCAUGAAACUCUGAAAUUGGUGCCUAAGGAACCGACUAAAAGGGUAAAAAACAGGGUCACGGUGCAGUUGGAAUUGACAUUCUUUUUAUUAUCGAGAGAAAUGGACAAAGGGCAACCCCAAAACACAAUGCAUUCCUGCAACCACCUAGUGAGCAGAGGCAUAUUAACACGAAUUGUUAAUCAUAAUAUAUAAAUAUUUUUUUUCUUUAGAAUUGUGAUUCAUAAUCAAGAUACAUGUUAUCAUAAUCAAUAUGCUCCUAAAGACAUUAUUACUUUGUGGUUUUUAGUUAUUGUGAAUAUCAUUGAUUAUAACACAUGGCGCAACCAACGGGUAUGUAGACCAGUAAUUCAUCAUCACAGUUCCUAUGGUAACUGUUCUAGAUUUCCAAUGGCUGAGAAGCACAGUUCCUAUGGUAACUGUCAGAUAAAACGUCUAGCUGGCAAGUCCUUCUAUCAAACACUCCCCUGAUGUUAUACUUGUGCAUGAUUUCUAUCAAAUAAAGAGUGAUUUUAUCACUUUUCCACAUAAUUUGUCUAAAGUCUUUUUUUUUAAUGUCUAUAAAUACAUGACAUUGAUAUCAUGUUAGCUACAAAACUGUAGCUGAAUUUUGAACAUAAUAAUGGACUCCCAGUCUUGUAUAUAUAUCCAUAAUAAAGAGGGGGCCAAGGUGGACACCAUGAUAAUACACAAAAGCAUAUAAAAAGGGAUGUUUUCUCACGACAGGGCCGGUAUACGCGUAAAAGGUAUAAAAUUGCAAAAUUGAAAAUCCUGAAAAACAUUGUACACUUUUAAAACAGCUUGAAUUUGUGUUGAAUAUUUAGAGCAUUGAUUAUUCAGGGAAGGUAAAACGUAUCAGGGGGCCAUUUCAUAAAGCUGUUCAUAAGAGCGACU